CGUCCUUGCCCAGGCUGGGCUGGGGAGAUCGCCCCCUUUCUCCCUCCGUUUGGGGAGGGCCCCUCCACGUGGUCGGGAAGAAGGCUAGCAGCUGUGCUCAGGUCCUAGCUCUGCUGGCUGACCCCCGCAGGCGAGCCUUCUAACCUCCUCCUCUGUAAAAUGGGCUUAAUGCACACCUGAGGCAGGGGAUAUACCGGAGUACGAUGCUGCUUCUGCCCUGUCUCUGCCCUCCAGGAGCCGGAGCCGCCGCCUCCAUGCUGAGUUUGCUGCUGAACGAGACUGGGACCAGUUCCACCAACCUCGGAACCUCCUCCUGGCCUUGUCAGUGGAAGCCGGAUGAGGAGCCUGGGCCCCAAGCCUGGCCCCCCAGGGAACGAGCAGCCCUUCAAGAGGAGCUCAGUGACGUCCUCAUCUACCUGGUAGCAUUGGCAGCCCGCUGCCGUGUAGAUCUGCCCCGAGCAGUGCUCUCCAAGAUGGACACCAACCGGCGACGCUACCCAGUGCAUCUGUCCCGCGGCUCUGCCCGCAAGUACACAGACUUGCCCCAUGGGGCCACCUCUGAAAACCAGGCUGUGGGGCCUGCAGACCUUGCCUGUGAGUCCACAGGUCAGGCCUCAACCUAGAAACAUGGGCACAGAACCUGCAACUCAGCACGGCAUCUGAGGAGCAGAGGGUGCUCCAGCCAUGCUACCUCAUUCUAGUCCUUUCCUAACAGAUCAUGGGCCUGGGCGCUACCCUUCUUGAGGUCUGAGGCCCAAGAACCUCCAGUAGGUAGCCUCCUGUUUUUUUCUCUCUCAAUAAAAGUUUUGGUUAGCAACUUCUGGAUUCUUCCUGGGGCAGCUGGGGAGGCUCUCUGUCUCAGCACAUGCUGGAGAGGGGUACCAGGGAUACCUGUGAGCCCAAAGCCCAUGUUUCUCUAUUAUACUGCCCACCUGCAGAGCAGAGAGAUCUGAUUUCUAGUAAGUUCUCUGUCUGACCUCAUGCAAGUAAGUCCCUUCCCCUUCUCUAAACAAGACUGGAGGCUUUAUGUAGUGUUGGAUAAGAGCCCAGGUUCUGGAGCCAGGCUGUAUGGGUUCAAAUGCCAUCUUUGAUACCGGAUGAUGUUCUGGAUUAUAUUGGCAUCUUUCUGUGCCUCCAUUUCCUCAUCUAAAAUGAAAAUAAGGGACUUCCCUGAUGGUCCAGUGGUUAAGACUCUGCGCUUCCACCGCAGGGGGCGUGGGUUCCAUCCCUGGUCGGGGAACUAAGAUCCCACGUGCCGCGCAGCCAAAAAUAAAUAAAUAAAUACAUUAAAUGAAAUGAAAAUAAUGUUAUCUACCUUAUAGGGUUGUAAGGUUUGAGUAAGUUAUUCUAAGUAGAGUGUUUAGGACAGUGUAAGUUUGCAGUUGUCAUUAUCUGUUUGCUUUUUCAACUCAAAACUUUCAGGGGCACAGAGCAGGAAAUUUCAACAGUUAAGGCAGGCGUGGGCCUUGUCCCUGAGAGAGCUCUCUGCCCCUCUCCCUUGGCCCCCAGCACAAAUCACGGUCAAGUCUGUCUGAUAUGAAGCAGAACAGGGCUUCCUCUCUUUUGGGGCUUGGACCCCUUAG